AUGGUGAAGUAUAUCUUAUCACAGAACCUUACGGACAUCAAAAGUAGAGGAAUAUACGGGAGAACGCCUCUGAUGAUGGCAGCAUUACAAGGAUACAGAGACGUAUUUGACUUACUCGUGAGUAAAGGAGGUGACGCUUUACUUGUGGAUACAGAUGAUCAAAACAUCCUACAUCUCGCUUGCCUUGGAGGAAAUGUGGAGAUGCUGAAGUAUAUCUUAUCACAGAACCUUACGGACAUCAACAGUAGAGGAAUAUACGGGAGAACGCCUCUGAUGAUGGCAGCAUUAAAAGGAUACAGAGACGUAUUUGACUUACUCGUGAGUAAAGGAGGUGACGCUUUACUUGUGGAUACAGAUGAUCAAAACAUCCUACAUCUCGCUUGCCUUGGAGGAAAUGUGGAGAUGGUGAAGUAUAUCUUAUCACAGAACAUUGCGGACAUCAACAGUAGAGACAUAUACGGGAGAACGCCUCUGAUGAAAGCAGCCGGACAUAGAGAUGUGUUUGACUUACUCGUGAAAAAAAGAGGUGAUGCUUCACUUGUGGAUAUGUAUGGGGACAACGUCCUUCAUCUCGCCAGCCGUAGAGGACAUGUGGAGGUAGUGGAGUAUGUCCUCUCAAACAACGUUGUCGACGUCAACAGUAGAGGGAGGUACGGGAGGACACCAUUGAUGGUGGCAGCCGGUACGGGGCAUACAAAUGUGUUUGACUUGCUUGUUGAUAGAGGAGGUAAUGCAUCUGCAGUUGAUGAUAGGGGUUCUAAUAUUCUUCAUGUUGCCUGUUUCUUUGGACAAGUGAAGAUGGUGAUGCAUAUUAUUUCACACAAUAUUGUGGAGAUUAACAGCCGAGGAGUAUACGGAAGAACACCAUUGCUGAUGGCAUCAGCUAAAGGAAAUAUAGAACUUUUUGACUUCCUUGUCAGUAAAGGAGGUAACAUGUCGGUAGUUGAUGAAAAUAAUUACACUAUACUUCACACCGCCUGUCUUAGAGACCAUGUGGAGAUGGUGACGCAUAUUCUCUCUCAAUCUGUUGUGGAUGUCAAUGCCAGGAACAAGUAUGGGAUGACAGCGGCGAUGACAGCAAAAAACAAUUAUAACACAGAAUCAUAUGUCCUCCUCAUGAAGAGGAUGGGGAAACAGCCUGACGUUUAA